UCAUGGUGGGGUGAUGUUACGCAGUAUUUCUAAGAAAAUAAUAUUACGUUUAUUUAACGUAAUUGUAAUGCUACGGACUUAGAAACUUCACAACUACUGCAAAAUUUUGCGUAAUCCAUGUUGAAUCAAGGAUUGAGUGCAGAUAACUCACCCACAAAAAUGGUAACAAAAAUUAUAUUCACUCUCGCAACACUGCUGACCUACACAAAUGCUGAAUACAUACCUCCGGGUCCCGUCUACCCUUGUCCCAAUGACUCGAAGACCACGUUACUGUACCCGUGUGUCUGUGAGAAGGGGUCGGACACCGGGCUGUAUAUACGGUGUGAAAAUACCGGGUUGGCUGUGUUGAGCGUUGGGUUGGGGAAUAUAGCUGGGUUGGGGUUACCGGUUGAACGAUUGUUGUUGAAGGAGUUAAAGAUUUCAAAUCUCUUCGGCCCCCUCUUCCACCGGUCCACGAUCAGAGUACUCCAGAUAGAAGACACCCCCAUCAGGACGAUAGACCAGUACGCAUUCGCGGGAGUCAAUAGGACACUCCAAGAGUUGUACAUGAUUAACACUCAAAUUGAUGUCUUCCCGAAAGAUGCUUUUAUGAUCCUAGGCAAUCUCUCAGUGUUAUCUAUAGAUGGGCACAAAAUGACUAAGCUAGCUAAAGACAUAUUCGCUGGCAGUGAGCUGGUCGGCAAGUUGGAGAGAUUGCAUCUAUCUAAUGGGCUCAUUGCUGAUAUACCGCCGGAGGCUUUUCAGGUGCUAAAAAAACUAAAAAAGCUAGAUCUUCACGGCAACAAACUGGUCACGCUGAAGAGGAAUCAGUUCAAAGGAUUGAGAGACACUGAGUUAUUGGAUUUGAGUCAUAACAGCAUAACAAAGUUGGAUGGUAGUCAUAUCGGAGAUUUGACUAAACUAGGCUGGUGUAAUGCGAGUCAUAAUCAAAUUGGAGAAAUACCGAGAGGUAUGUUCGCAAGGAACACAGUUAUAAAAGUAGUACAUUUGGAUCACAACAAGAUAAAGAAAUUGGACACCAACAGUUUUAGAGGAAUGAGGUUUUUGAGGCGUCUCUACCUCCAAGACAAUUUAAUAUCAGACAUAGGCCGAGGCACGUUUUCAGCAGUAACCAGAAUAGGUACCGUGGACCUCGCUAGGAAUCAAAUCAAGAAAGUUGACUUCCAAAUGUUCCAGCAAGUGAAAUAUGCUGAGAUAAUUAACUUAGCAGAAAACAACAUUACUAUAAUAGAAACGCAAGCAUUUACAGACUUAUAUCAAGCAGUAGUAAAUAUUUCUCACAACGCUCUCUCGACCAUAGAGACAGGAGCGUUUGUGAAUUGCAAUAAUAUGACGUUGCUAGACUUUAGCCAUAACCAAUUGUCUAUGAUCAGUCCUAGAGCGUUUGAUGAAAAUAGUUAUGCGUAUGAAUUGCAAGUUUCGCAUAAUGAGUUUAGGAAUUUUUCGCAGAUACCAAUACAAAAUAUGACAGGAAUCCAAAAAUUAAAUGUAUCACACAACAAAAUAGAGUCUAUACCAAAACUAGCAUUUCCGAAAUUAUACGAACUACAUACAGUUGACAUGUCUCAUAAUAAUUUGAGCGAAAUAUUUAACGCUGUCUUCCAAAAUCUGUUUUCUAUAAGAUUCCUUAACCUAAGCUACAAUUCACUAGAAACAAUUAAGCCAGCGACUUUCGGCACUAUUCCCACAGUGUUAGAGUUAAAUUUGUCUCACAACAGGCUUAGAGAGAUCUCCCGAGGUAGUCUUGCGAAGUUGGUCAGCUGUCGCCUUAUAGAUAUCAGUUAUAACGUACUGGAAAAACUGUUUCAAAUACCUAUUAGUUUGGGCGAAUUAAACGUAGCCCACAACAACAUAACUUCAAUAAAACCGAACACUUGGCCGACAAUGAACGCUCUACUUCGGCUGAACCUAUCGGCCAACCAGCUGGCUGAUUCGCUGCAAUCAGACAGCUUCUCCAGUCUACUAACUCUUCAAGCACUGGAUUUAUCAGCCAAUGGGUUAACUAAACCGCCUUGGGAAGCGUUGAGUAGUCUGACUAGUUUGCAAUAUUUGUAUUUACAGGAGAACAACAUAACGGAGCUAAGCCGCUCUGCGUUCGGCAACCUACCGACAACUUUCAAGAUAGACUUGUCGCGCAACCAAAUAGCAACCGUUGCUCAGAGGUCGUUCAAUGGGCUGCAACAGUUGCUUGAUCUGUCGUUAAGCGGGAAUAGGCUUGAGAGUGUGCCUAAUGAGGCUUUUAAAGGAUUAGUUGCUUUAAGGAAGUUGGAUCUGUCACAUAAUUUCUUAGAAAAGAUUGACAAUAAAACAAACGGGUUGCUAGACGACUGCUUAUCUUUGGAAGAGGUAAACUUAAGCCACAAUAAAAUUGGGUUUUUAACAAAGAAAAUGUUCCCCUCUAACCCGUGGAUACCUUACCGACUGCGGGAUAUUGACCUCAGCUACAACGAGAUACCAGUUGUGACGCACGACUUGACACUCGGGGCGAAGAAAGUUAAAAAGUUGAAUUUAGCUGGCAAUUAUAUUAAUGAUGUUAGGAAUAAUGUACUAGGCAAUCUGACAUCGUUGGAAAUACUAGAUUUGUCUCAUAAUAAUCUGAAAGAUUUGGUUUCGAGAACAUCUGAAAUAAAAUUCACAUUACCAGAGAACAUUACAGAACUAAUUCUAAAGAACAACUCUCUAGGUUCUCUACCGACACCAAACAUUAUGUCGUCGAAAUACCUGAAACUAUUAGAUGUAAGAAAUAAUCAAUUAACUAGCUUCGAACCUGAGUUAGUGAGGAAAAUCAAACAUGAAGGAUUAGUGGUGUUAUUUCAAGGUAACAGCCUAAAAUGUGAUUGCUUCACGCGCCCUCUAAAACACUAUUUAAAUCAUAUUCGUCCAUCAUUAUUGAAAACCGACGAAAAAUACCAAAAUAUAACAUGUGCGGAACCAGUGACUUUGGUCAACGAGAAUAUUUUGACCAUAGACGAAGAUAGAUUGUUGUGCAGUGGCAACACUGAAAUUGAUGCUAAAAUUUUAGAGCAUAGCAACACUGAGGGGGAGAGUGCUUUUGAUUUCACUGCGGAACCCGAUUUGGCUUUUAGAGAUGUGCAAUAUUCACAAACAUCAAUAUACGCCCAUUGGUUUAUAACUACGAACGAGGAUGUCGGAGAUUUCAUACUAUACAUACGCGAUGCUACAAACAAACUAUUAUAUUCAUCUGACGUUGCCUAUAACUUGCGUUCUUUAACCAUACCUAUAGACGAAACCUUCAAAAUAUCACUACAGGAUAAAAAUACACACGAAAUAUGUAUACAAGCAAAAAAUUCUAAUAAUACGCCGAAAAAAUGGCACCCAAAUCAGUGUCAAAAGGUUUUGGAAGAUUUUAAUUCGUGGCCAGUUAAACUGGUUAUAGAUAAACGCAGGUUAACGAAGAAGAAAGUUAAAUAUAGUUGGUUCGGUAACAGUGUGUUAGGGCUGGUUAGCGAUUCGAUUCUGAUUACGCUGUGCAUAUUUUUGAGUGUUUGUUUGAAAAUUACUGAUGAUUUGUGAGAUUUUUUGGUAGAAGAAUGAUCGUAUUAUUAUUUUUUUGACUUUCUUGGAUGGUAAAUAAAUCUUGGUAUAUUUUUUAAAGAAAAGUUUUUCCUAAUUUAAAAUCGUACCUAUUUCAAAGCGGGAUUACAUUUAGUUGCUCUCGCAAAAAUAGAAAUUAAUAUGCAAUGUUGGCAAUUUUGAGUUCUAUACUUCAUUAAAAAAAUAAUUAAAGAAUUUAAAUGAAGUUUUUUGAAUUUCUCUUUAUAUUGUUAUUUAUAAAAAUAUACCAAGAUUGUUUACCAUUUAGGAAGACCACUUAGAAGAGUGAAAUAAACCUACAUUUUUUUAGUGAACUUUUACUAAAUGCAAGCUACAUAAACUAAAAGUUGUGAGUUAUUUAAAUUUUAUAAUCUAGACAAUCUAAACUGUUAUUCAAAAGAAUCUCCUAAAUACUAGAGUUCAGACCUUUUGUCGGCUACGGCGGCUGUUCUCAUAUAGGGCGAUCAGCCAGCUGCGAAGGACAUAUUAUAGUGCACCAGCAAUUGCGCAGAUCUUGAGGUCUUGAGACUCAUAUUUAACAUGAACAAUAUUUUUAAAUUAUUAUUUGCAAUACUCGAUUUUUUACUAAAGAAACUUGACAACGAAUUUUUGACAACAUUUUUUUUAUAAUUUAUGUUAAAAAUAUAUAAAUGACAAAGUAUUAUCACUGCCAUGUGUAAAUAUUUUAUAUUUUUGAAAUUAGUCAUAAGUUUUACACAAAAAACUAAAACUGUUUUUUUUCCUUAAAGGGAUAAAAAAUCGCUUUCUAUGUCAGUAAAAAUGUGAAGGUAAAAUAUUUUUUAUCAGAAAGUCGGCUUCUUAUUAUAGAUCUAUCAGAGUAAGGAAGGCCUUAUUUUCUAUUUAAAUGACUGUAAACUAUAAUAACAAAAAUCGUCCAUCACAAUUUUAUUUAGCUUUAAUUAUUUUCAUAAGUAUAAUGUGUAAAACGACUCAAACUUGUAUUGUAAACAAUAUACAUACCAACUAUUA